AUGGAUUUGUAUCUGAUUGGAUAUUUGAUGUGUGUGUGGUUGUCCAGCUCACGGGUGCUUGGAGGCUAUCCCAUCUGGUGGUCCCUGGCCCUUGGGCAGCAGUACUCGUCUCUGGGCUCCCAACCCAUCCUGUGUGGCUCUAUCCCGGGCCUGGUGCCCAAGCAGCUGCGUUUCUGUCGCAACUACAUAGAGAUCAUGCCCAGUGUUGCAGAAGGUGUCAAGCUGGGGAUCCAGGAGUGCCAGCAUCAGUUUAGGGGCAGGCGAUGGAACUGUACCACCAUCAAGGACAACCUGGCCAUCUUCGGCCCUGUGCUAGAUAAAGCAACCAGAGAAUCAGCGUUUGUCCACGCUAUAGCUUCAGCAGGCGUGGCGUUUGCAGUGACGCGCUCCUGUGCCGAGGGCACGUCCACCAUGUGCGGCUGCGACUCCCAUCACAAGGGACCUCCCGGUGAGGGCUGGAAGUGGGGCGGCUGCAGUGAGGAUGCAGAGUUUGGGGUGCUGGUGUCCAGGGAGUUUGCAGACGCCAGAGAGAAUCGUCCAGACGCCCGCUCCGCGAUGAACCGACACAACAACGAGGCAGGACGCACGACCAUCCUCGACCACAUGCACCUGCGCUGUAAAUGUCACGGCCUGUCAGGAAGCUGCGAGGUGAAGACGUGCUGGUGGGCGCAGCCGGACUUCCGCAUGCUGGGCGACUACCUGAAGGACAAGUACGACAGCGCCUCAGAGAUGGUGGUGGAGAAGCACCGCGAGUCACGAGGCUGGGUGGAGACCCUGCGAGUCAAGUACAACUUCUUCAAGCACCCCACCGAGCGCGACCUGGUCUACUAUGAGGGCUCGCCAAACUUCUGCGAGCCCAACCCGGAGACCGGCUCCUUCGGGACGCGCGACCGAGCCUGCAACGUGUCUUCGCACGGCAUCGAGGGCUGCGACCUGCUGUGCUGCGGCCGCGGCCACAACACCCGGACUGAGAAACGCAAAGAGAAGUGUCACUGCAUCUUCCACUGGUGCUGCUACGUCAGCUGUCAGGAGUGCGUGCGUGUCUACGACGUCCACACGUGCAAGUGA